AUGAUCGGGUCCAUUCUCCACAGAUCAUUCUCAGGGCUUCCGUUUAAUCCAAAAAUCAAGGGGAUGGACUCUGGAAAUGGGGUUCCUGAAACUACUGUUCUUGACGUUAAUGAAGUUGUUGAGAAUGCGGAUACGAAAGUGGUGGAUCCUGAUCCCGAAAACUUGAACAAAGUUGACGAAGAUCUCGAUUCAUCAAAAGCAAUCGCGGAUGAAUCUUCGACGAAUGUUAAUGACCCUAAAACGCAAACUUCGGUUACCAAAGAGGUUACUUCGAAGAACAACAGUAAAAAGCCCAAAAAUGGCACUGGUAAGAGCGCAUUUGGUAGUAGUAAACCAAAGCCGAGUCUCACUCAAAGUUUAUCACUUCCUGCGAAAACCACCAUUGCUAAACAAGUUGUGGGGUCUCCAAAGGAUGAACCUUCAUCGUCUUCAUCAGUUUCUCCUCGAUCAUAUCCUCGAAAACCAUACCGCGGAAUUAAAUCAAGUGGGUUAUCGCAGACUAACAAAUCAAAAGAAACUGAAGGUUGUCCUCCUGAACAGCCUCUAUCAGAUGAUCAUCAUCAUGGAUUGAAACCAUUAAUCAAAAUUGGUCGGCGAAUUAAAGACGACGAUGGUGCCAGUUCAACUGCUUCGCCACACGCCGCCACUCCCGGUGGGCGUCGCCGGAACAGCACCUCCAGCUUCUCUUUCCGGUUAGACGAACGAGCAGAAAGAAGAAAAGAUUUUUAUUCGAAGAUCGAGGAGAAGGUUCAAGCAAAACAAAUAGAAAAAACCACUAUGCAAGCGAAAUCAAAGGAAAACCAAGAUAAGGAGUUAAAGAAACUAAGGAAGAGCUUGACGUUUAAAGCUAAACCAAUGCCGGAAUUUUACAAAGAACCGCCUCCAAAAAUUGAACUCAAGAAGACACCAACUACGCGUCCGAUUUCACCAAAAUUGGGAAGUAGCAAGAGUUCUUUGUCUACAGUGAGCAAGUCGUCGGAACAAAUGGCGACUUCCGGUAGAUUAGGUCAAACGACGUCGUCGUCUAGGUUUAACCCUGGUUCUUCUUCCAAGAAGCCCAACACAAAAUCGUUAUCGAAAACUGAAGUUAAAUCUGGUAAACUGAAAGAAAAGGAGUUGAAAGAUGAACAGGAGGCGCAGGAUAGCCAAGUGGCGGGUGUCAACCGCCGUGAUGUUGAAAGUUGGAUAGAAGACAGCGUGGCGCAGGAUACGACGCCGGAGGACGACGUGGCUGGAGGCUAAAAUGAUCGGUAAAUUUGUGUUGUUGAUAAGUCAUAAGUGUAUGUAAUAGGGGGUGG